UGUCACUGGUGGCGUUUGGUCCACUUUUGGAUUAUUUAUUUUAAAAAGUCAGAUCUGAAACAUGAAACUAAACAAAAUAAUGGUCUUUUUUAUUUAAAUCUUAGACCCUCGAUUUGAAUGGAGAGAAUUUUUUAAAGUCUUUCCACGAACCCCAACCACGGUAGUGACAACGAGGUCAACUCCUCCUCCGAGCCCGUCUUUGAGCUCCGAUGCUGGGUUAUUGUUCCAUGUGGCCUCGGUGGGUGGGUGGACGGACGGCGGGUCCAUCCUGGCUGCCUGUUGUUCCGCCACUCGGCCAAUGGGAGGCCGGCUGUCGCUCAGACUCGAUCCAAUGAGAGCAGCAGGGUCCGGGCUCGCAUUUGAGGAGUUGGGUUGUUCAAUCCCGGAGUGAGGAGGACAACAAGCAGCUUUCCCCCUUCUUGUGUGCGGCAUGGAUGCGUUGUGGCGAUGAAUGUUCCAGUCGAUGCUGAUGAUAGGGAAUAUGGCCGACAACGCCAACCGUUGCUGUUCUCACCGCACCUAGGGAUGUUUUAUCAGAACUCUCAUCAAGACAACAAUUUGUACAAAUGACUCGCUGCCCGGCUGGAGGACGCGCGUCCCACCACUGAGGGCACAUGUGCAUGUGGAGAGAUGGAUCGCUGUAAGCACGUGGUGCGCCUUCGCCUGGGCCACGACCACUCCAUCCUCAAUCCGCAGAAAUGGCACUGCGUGGACUGCAGCACCACCGACUCGGUGUGGGCCUGCCUCAAGUGCUCCCACGUGGCCUGCGGACGUUUCAUGGAGGAGCACUCGCUCAAACACUUCCACGAGUCCCACCACCCGCUGGCCAUGGAGGUGCGCGAGCUGGACGUCUUCUGCUUCGCCUGCGGGGACUACGUACUCAACGACAACGCGGAGGGGGACCUCAAGCUCCUCCGGGGGGCUCUGUCCACUGUUCGGAGCACCGGUAGGCGCUCGCUGCGGUCCUCGGCUUGGGGGGCGUGUAGCCACCGUUUCGGGGAAAGCGCACCGCAGCCUCCGAUGCAGCUCGCCUUGCGUCACAGGAGGAAGACGCUCCUUGCGAAGAUGCUUCAGAGGUGGACGAGCAAAUAUCGGCAGCUCCAGAACGAGCGCAAAGAGAAGCUGGAGGAGGCGAGGAGACAAAAGAAGGAGGUGAAAAGGAGACUCAUGGAAGAGUUGGGCAGCGCCCCACCCAGGAAGAGCGCAAGGCUUCUCACUCAGGCGCCACGUUCGACCAUCGCGCUCAUUCCUUGCAAGUUCCGCGACCCUCCGGAACGCCUACCUCCCCCGCCUCCUAAGAAGCCUUCCCUCCUCGCCUUGUCCAGGAAGCCCCCUCCCAACGGCAGAGCUGCUAAACUGAGGCGGUACUACUCGGCCCACUCUGCGGCUCGCCGCCGUCACGCUCCGGGCGUCACGGGUCUGCGCAACCUGGGGAACACGUGCUACAUGAACUCCAUCUUGCAGGUGCUCAGUCACCUGCAGAAAUUCAGGGAGUGUUUUCUCACUUUGGACCUGUGCGAGACCGAGGAGCUGCUCGCCAAGACCAACCACUCGCAGGGGAUGAAGGCGGUCUCGGGAAGCGUGAUCAGCAGCGCUAACGCGGAGCUAACCUCAACUCCGGUGGGCAAAAAGGAGACCGCACCGCCUCCGCCUCCGGCUGCCGAGUUGGUGCAGCCCAAGGAGACGCGCUGCUCCACCCGCCAGCAGAUGUCACUGUGCCACGAGUUGCAUACGCUUUUCAGGGUCAUGUGGUCGGGCCGCUGGUCUCUGGUGUCCCCCUUUGCCAUGCUGCACUCCGUGUGGAACCUCAUCCCGGCGUUCCGCGGUUACGACCAGCAGGACGCCCAGGAGUUCCUGUGCGAGCUGCUGGACAAGGUGCAGCAGGAGCUGGACACGGAGGGCUCCAAGCGCAGGAUAGUCAUCCCCAUCACCAAGAGGAAGCUCUCCAAGCAGGUGCUCAAGGUUUUGAACACCAUCUUUCACGGGCAGCUACUCAGCCAGGUGACGUGUCUGUCCUGCAAGCACAAGUCAAACACAGUUGAGCCAUUCUGGGACUUGUCUCUGGAGUUUCCCGAGCGCUACCACAGCAUAAACAAAGGCUCCACGGCGUACCAGCGCAGCUGCACCCUCACCGAAAUGCUGUCCAAGUUUACUGAGACGGAAUCGCUGGAAGGCAGGAUUUAUGCCUGCAACCACUGCAACAAAAGAAGACGGAAAACCUCCCAUAAGCCUUUAGUUCUUUCAGAAGCCCAUAAGCAGCUUCUGAUCUACCGCUUACCUCAGGUUCUACGGCUGCACCUCAAGCGCUUCAGGUGGUCGGGGAGGAACCAUCGGGAGAAAAUCGGCGUCCACGUGGCCUUCGACCAGGUUCUGAAUAUCAAACCCUACUGCUGCACGGGCUCGGGUCACGCCGUCCACAGAGGCGGCUACACCUACGACCUGUCGGCCGUGGUCAUGCAUCACGGUAAAGGUUUCGGCUCAGGGCACUACACCGCAUACUGCUACAACACAGAAGGAGGGUUCUGGGUCCACUGCAACGAUUCCGAGAUGAAGGUUUGCAGCGUGGAGGAAGUGUGCAACACUCAGGCGUACAUUCUCUUCUACACGCAGAGGUCUGCUUAGGGGGCCUCUCGCUGUGACGUGAACCUGGACUUGCUGACCCUCAGCUGCAUCGUAAAGAUAACCGAGUCCAGUGCAGGACCUCUGCCAAGGUUGACCUUCUCACGGGACAAGAGCAUUGAAUCAUCUUGGAUGCGCUUUAAAGUAGUCUGUGUAUAGCUUGUAUCAAAGAAUUUACUAUCCAACACACAAGUGAGUCCAAUUCCCAGUGAGCACCAUUGUUACCCAGCACUGCCUUAAUCCUCUUGGAUCUUGGAUCUUGGAUGCCGGUCCUCGUACGCUCCUCUAACGCUCCUCCAGCUUCCUUCCCUUUUGCUUGAGGACUUCCUCAUAGGUGCUCAAUUGGGUUGAACGGUGGUCGAGUGGUUAGCGUGCAGACCUCACAGCUAGGAGACCAGGGUUCGAUUCCGCCCUCGAGUUUGCAUGUUCUCCCCGUGCAUGCGUGGGUUUUACUCCGGUUUCCUCCCACAUUUUCCAAAAACACGCUAGGUUAAUUAGCGACUCCAAAUUUUCCAUAGUAUUGUAUGAAUGUGAGUGUGAAUGGUUGUUUGUCUAUAUGUGCUCUGUGAUUGGCUGGCCACCAGUCCAGGGUGUACCCCGCCUCUCGACCGAAAAGAAUGAAUAAAUGAAAAAUAAUAAUAAUAACAAAAAAAGGGCUGCACGCCGGUUGAGUGGUUAGCGCAUAGCCCUCACAGCUAGGAGGACCAGGGUUCGAUUCCACCCUCGGCCAUCUCUGUGUGGAGUUUGCAUGUUCUCCCCGUGCAUGUGUGGGUUUUCUCCGGGUACUCCGGUUUCCUCCCACAUUCCAAAAAAAAACAUGCUAGGUUAAUUAGCCACUCCAAAUUGUCCAUAGGUAUGAAUGUGAGUGUGAAUGGUUGUUUGUCUAUAUGUGCCCUGUGAUUGGCUGGCCACCAGUCCAGGGUGUACCCCGCCUCUCGUACUAAGACAGCUGGGAUAGGCUCCAGCACCCCCACAACAUUAUCACUCUGAUACUGUGAACAUCCAGCGGCAACACAACAUUUUGGCAUGACUACUAUUUUUGAUGAAAAAUAUACUGAACCAGGGCUGCACAGUGGACGGGUGGUUAGCACACAGGCUUCACAGCGAAGAGACCCAAGUUCGAUUCCACCCUUGGGCAUCUCUGUGUGGAGUUUGCAUGUUCUCCCCGUGCAUGCGUGGGUUUUCUCCGGGUACUCCGGUUUCCUCCCACAUUCCAAAAACAUGCUAGGUUAAUUAGCGACUCCAAAUUGUCCAUAGGUAUGAAUGUGAGUGUGAAUGGUUGUUUGUCUAUAUGUGCCCUGUGAUUGGCUGGCCACCAGUCCAGGGUGUACCCCGCCUCUCCCCACAACCCUUGUGAGGAAAAAACGGUCGAAAAUGAAUGAAUGUUUAUGUUUCCUGUCAAAGAACCGCGGUUCCCCUAGUGCCGGCAGCUUUCAUGCAUCCUUCAAUCAUGACUGUCGGUAAAACAAUAUUAUUUUGCCACUGUGUGUAGUUCAGGUAGUGUACGACGCAUCGCUUCAAAAUGUCUCGGAGGAGUUUUUGAUUUCGGACCAAAAUGGGCAGUCCAAACCAAAAUGGCUGACUUCCUGUUUGUGUGCAAAUAUGUUUUUUUGGGAGAUUUGUCGAGCCUUGCAAACUUUGGAGGAAAAAUAGUUUCUUCUUUAUCCUGGAAUGUAUGUUUCCUGUCAAUGAACCGCGGUUCCCCUAGUACCGGCAGCUUUCAUGCAUAGCGCUAUACCUCUACACAAGCUAUACACUGACUACUCUAAAGUACAUCCUCUAAUGUGUACUUAGCUGAUGUGUCAACCUUGGCAGUGCUAACUCCAGGAGUCUCGUAAGUGAAGGACCAGCAGACUGUGCGCGCAGGUUGGAUCCUGUGCCGCCUGCUGAACACCAAGUAGUGUAUUUGAUUCUGGAGUCCGAGAUUUCUUUUAUCCCUCGCAAUUACUUCAUGUUGUGUGUUUUUGUAGCUUUAAGUACUCGGUUUGGAGUGGCUCACUCGAAAGAAGACUGCAGGGGAUAGAAGAAGCUUGACCUUCAGGUUCUUGGCAUUUUUUUCGUUUUAAGUCGUCACGGUCAAAUGCCCCCACCCUUCGUCUUCACGUUCUGUCUUGCUGUGAAGUUUUUUUCACUUCUUUUUGUAGUCAUGGAGUGUUUGAUUGCCAUCAAACAAAAAAAAAAAGACCACCUGAUUGACGAGUGACAGGAGCUUCUUUGUCGACUUCCUUAUUUUGCAGGAGCUAAUCGUUUAAUAAUUUGCAUCAUCUGGAAAGUAAAGCGGCGGCACGGUGGUCUAGGGGUUAGCGCGCAGACCUCACAGCUAGGAGACCGGGGUUCAAUUCCACCCUUGGCCAUCUCUGUGUGGAGUUUGCAUGUUCUCCUCGUACUCCAGGUACUCCGGUUUCCUCCCACAUUCCAAAAACAUGCUAGGUUAAAAGGUACAAUUAUACCUUUUGAGUGUUAAGUUGGUGUGUGAUGAGUUUAGUGUUCUUUGUAAGAACACUAACACAUUCCAAAAACAUGCUAGGUUAAUUAGCGACUCCAAAUUGUCCAUAGGUAUGAAUGUGAGUGUGAAUGGUUGUUUGUCUAUAUGUGACCUGUGAUUGGCUGGCCACCAGUCCAGGGUGUAUGAGGACACCUGGGAUAGGCUCCAGCACCCCCUGCGACCCUCGUGAGGAAAAGUGGUAGAAAAUGAAUGAAUGAAUGAAUGAGAUCUCCUCCUAUUUUGUGUGGAAGUGGUAACUUUUUGGCUUUCCCCAACCUCUGCCAGUUUGCAUGUUCUCCCCGUGCAUGCGUGGGUUUUCUCCGGGUACUCGGGUUUCCUCCCACAUUCCAAAAAACAUGCUAGGUUAAUUAGCGACUCCAAAUUGUCCAUAGGUAUGAAUGUGAGUGUGAAUGGUUGUUUGUCUAUGUGUGCCCUGUGAUUGGCUGGCCACCAGUCCAGGGUGUACCCCGCCUCUUGCCCGAAGACAGCUGGGAUAGGCUCCAGCACCCCCACGACAGUAUCACUCGGAUACUGUGAACAUCCAGCAGCAACACAACAUUUUGGCAUUUUAGCAUGCAGGCCUCACAGCUCGGAGACUCGAGUUCGAUUCCACCCUCGGCCAUCUCUGUGUGGAGUUUGCAUGUUCUCCCCGUGCAUGCGUGGGUUUUCUCCGGGUACUCCGGUUUCCUCCCACAUUCCAAAAACAUGCUAGGUUAAUUAGCGACUCCAAAUUGUCCAUAGGUAUGAAUGUGAGUGUGAGUGGUUGUUUAUCUAUAUGUGAUUGGCUGGCGACCAGUCCAGGGUGUACCCCGCCUCUUGCCCGAAGACAGCUGGGAUAGGCUCCAGCACCCCCGCGACCCUCGUGAGGAAAAGCGAUAGAAAAUGAAUGAAUGAAUGAAAGUAAAGCUCCACUCAAUAAGAAGAGCAACGGAGCUCCUGCAAAGCGUCGUCGUGAUUGUCUUUGUGUUCCUCGAUGGCAGCUCUUUGCAUCCGGCGCGUCAAGACACGAGGCGAAGAAUGUUUCGAUUUUCCGUUACCUUUUUUUUAAAUAAGUUUAGCACCUGAAAGCAAUAUAUUGUACAUCUUUACCUACGACAGGAAAACCAAGAUCAGGAAAUACUCUUGUUUGUUUUCUACUCGACUGCUGUUUCUUAUGGAGGUCUUUAGAAUUUGCUAGAAGAAACACUUGUGUUUGAUACGAGUCGACAUUUUGUGUCCAACGUGGGAACAAUCUAAUGACCAUGAAUGUCCUACUGCUUAGAGGUCAGGUGGCUUCUGUUGUGUACUGAAAAGAGAAUACCUUGUCAUCAAUGUAGUAGUCAUAUGGGUUUGCCUGACGGUAAUUAUUAAAAAGACAAAAGAACAUUUUUUUUUGGGCUGCUCUUGUACGCAUCGGACGACAUUUACCGGGUACAUUUGUAUCACCUUUGUCUUGUAGUACUCAUGUACAGUAAACCUCGGAUAUAUCGGAUUCAAUUGUUCCCACUGCUUUUGCAAAAAGUAAAUAAACCGCCAAAGUCUCCAA